UCGUCGAGGGGUUUGCGUUCGCAAAGGGGCUUUUGCAUAGAGGAUGCAUGUUGGGAAAACCUCUUUCGGGUCUUCCAUAACUCCAGGUCUUUUCGCCUGAUAUACGGUCGAGGCAUGCCACCUGAGGUGGCUUCGAAACUUCCUUCAAUUCUCACUCAAUGAAGCUUUUCUUUCAUUGAAACUUUGAAGUCGAGCAUCCAUCACUACAUUCAUCAUGGCGGACGUUCACGGUUCCAUCUACCGCGGACAGCAAAUCAGCUUGGCUGUGGUUUCGUCUGUGAUGUCAUCACUUGGAGUCAUUGCACUCUGUCUGCGGAUAGCAGGAAGAUAUCUCGUCGUCCGAAAACUCGGGGCUGAUGACUGGCUUAUGGCUGCUGGAGUGGUCAUCACUCUUUCUUAUCUGUUCGAAAUUCUCUAUGGCAUUAAAUUUGGAGCUGGUCUCCAUGGCGCUGAACUCAGACCUUCUGAUAUGGUCGAUAUCUUGAAGACUAUUUAUGCCAUUGAGCUCACGUACAAUACCGCGAUAUCUCUUAUUAAGUGUUCUAUCGUGGCAUUUUACCUCCGGCUGGCAUCAAUCGACAUUAAUCUUCGGAGAGCCUGCUACGGAACUUUCGUCUUCGUAGCUUUGCUAUGGGUUAUCGCCCAGGCGGUUGCAGCUUUGCAAUGUCUCCCAAUCAAUGCCAACUGGGACAUUUUCACCGUGACCCACAAGAAGUGCGUCAACACACUGGUGUUCUUUUACAUAAAUGCUGGCUUGAACAUCUUGCUCGACAUCUGGAUUUUGGUGAUGCCAAUCAGGACCCUUAUUCAGAUCAAAAGACCAACCAGGGACAAGGUUAUCCUCAUAGCUAUCUUUGGCGUGGGAGCCCUCUCCUGCCUUGCAGCCAUCAUUCGACUGUACACUAUCCGACUCUACACCCAAUCAAAAGAUCCAUUUUACGAUGGAGCACCCAUUAAUAUAUGGUCGAUGGUUGAAAUCAACAUUGCCAUUAUCUGCGCCUCAGUUCCAGCCAUGAAGCCCCUAUUCCACAAGACGAUCCGCGAACGUAUGACGACAGGCCGUUCAAAUGGUCGUUCACACAACGGUGGAUCACACAACGGUGGAUCACACAACGGUGGAUCACAGUUCGGGCACGCUAUGAUCCCUCUCAGUGGCGACGAUAUCUCGAAGCCUGGAACUGUCCGUCAAAAGAAAGGUACAUACAGUGUCGGGGCCACUGGGGGCGAAUUCAGUUCUAGUGAGGAGAAUAUGGUCACGAAGGGCAGCAUGAACGGCGGAAUCGAAUACCAGAGAGACUUCACCGUGGAGGAGUCAUACAUUCAAAGCUCGAAGGUUCUUCGAGAGGCAUCGCACGCUGUCUAGGUGAAACCGUUGUUUCAUGGACAUGUACAACAGCAGUAGUGAGAUUUA